CAAAGAAACAGAUGUAAUGAAUAUAUAGACACGCACUAGCGCGACUAUUAAACACUAGACGUAUUUUCUUCUGAUUUACUGGCUGUGGCUGGUGGUUGAGGAUUUUAAUAGUGUCAUAAUAUACUUUUAAGUCUUUUCGCACUACGUUUGUGAUUUGGUCUGGAUCAAUACUACGUCAUACUAUCGGAUUUAGUCUUUCUCAUUACGCCGUUGGUUCGACCAUAUUAAUAGGAACCUUUGUUAAUCAUAUGAACUCUAAGAGCAGCUUACAAGUAACAUUCAUUUCAUAAUAACUGUUAUCAUUUUGUUGUAUAAUAUUCAAUUUGCAUUGUAACCGUAAUUUGUUACUUUCUGCUCUACUCGUAAACAGACACUGAUGUUCGUAGUGAUAGUUCUUUAUGGUAUAUUAUUGUUAACUUUGUAUAUCGUUAUAUCUUGAAUAAUCACUUUUCUGGGAUUGAUCGCAAGUGCAACUAGGCGUAAAAGGCUAUCAACUGAUCGCUUUCCAGAAGUGACUUUAUUCAUUUCUUAACUAGGAAAAUUAAUCCUCACUAUUUAAAUGAACAGUGUUUAAAAAUAUAAAUGGUCGCCAGUUAACUGUUUGCUUAACAUCAAAUAUUGUGUUUUGUUUUAAAUAGUUCAGAAAGGUGAUCGCUUCUGGAUCUCCAUUGUAUCAUAACUUAAAGUCUCGAGUUCCACAACUCGUUAUUCUAGUAAAAGUACAAAGAUCCUUUUUAUAAGUGCACUUUUAACCUUUGAAAUACUUGAAUGUUCAUUAAGAUGUAUAUUUUCGUACUAGAUCUGUGUCAUUUCUACUUUUUGUAUUUAGAACUAAACAGCUCUUACUCGGUCUCAAAAAGCAAAUGUUUUCAGUUUGUCGACAGUUUUAUUUCAGCAAAGUCACUUUUGUCGCUUUACCCAGCAAAUAUCAGAGAGCAUUACACCAUGAGUCGAAACACAAAGCUGAAAAUAUAAAAUUAAGAGAGCCUUUCGCUGUCGUUGCUGGGAACUUGCCGAAGACAGCUUUGAAUGGUGAGCAAGCUUUCAAUUUUUUGAAUGAUGAUGCCAAAGUUUUUAUUCACGGCGGCGCAGCUACACCUACAAUACUUAUUUCGGAAUUUUAUAACUAUGUGAUGGCUAAAAAGCUGAAGAAUAUAUCGGCUUACCACAUUCAUACAGAGGGACCCUUUCCAAUUAUCAAUCCUGAAGCAAGUAGCCACGUCCGAUCUGUGUCACUUUUCACAGGCAGCAAUUGUAGAGAUCCAAUCAAAAGUGGAAGAGCCGAUUAUGUUCCUAUAUUUUUGAGUGAAAUACCACUCCUAUUUCGCAGAAAUAUCAUAAAACUCGACCUAGCAUUACUAAAUAUCAGUCCUCCAGAUGUUAACGGGUAUUGUUCUCUUGGUCCAAGUGUAGAUGUUACUCGUGCUGCUAUUGAGUCAGCUAAGCACCUCGUUGGUCAAAUAAAUCCGAGCUUACCAGUCACUUCUGGAGAUGCCCAUGUACAUAUAAGUAACUUCACGUCGAUCAUCCACGGGGAUAUGCCUUGUCACUUUAUGAAUCCACGACAAAUGACCGAAGUUGAAGAUAAAAUUGGCGCAUUGAUUGCAGAUAACCUAAUCGAUGAUGGUGCCACUCUGCAAACAGGUAUUGGGGCAAUUCCAGAUUCAGUCUUAAAUAAGCUUUCCAACCAUCGAAACUUAGGAGUUCACACAGAAAUGUUUUCAGAUGGAAUUAUUAAACUAGUUGAAAAUGGUGUUAUAACAAAUGCGAACAAGGUAGUACGUCCAGGGAAAGUUGUCACGAGUUUUGUCAUUGGUACAGAGAAUGUUUUCAAAUUUUUACAUGAUAACCCAUUGAUUGAAUUUCGUGAUGUGGCCUGGGUUAAUUCACCUUUUGUAAUAGCCCGAAAUCCAAAACCAGUUUCCAUUAAUUCAUGCAUUGAAGUUGAUCUAACUGGCCAAAUUGUAUCCGAUUCUGUUGGCAGUAGAAUCUACUCAGGAUUUGGUGGUCAAGUUGACUUCAUCCGCGGGGCUGCAAUAGCUGAAGAUGGUUUAGGCAAACCUAUAAUUGCUCUUCCAUCUACGACAAAACGUGGUGAAAGUAAAAUUUCUCCAUGUCUUAAACCUGGUGCCGGUGUUGUAACAUCUCGAGCUCAUGCUCAUUAUGUUGUCACCGAAUAUGGUAUCGCUUAUUUAUUUGGACGUAGUUUAAGACAGCGCGCACAUGCUCUUAUUCAAAUUGCUCAUCCAGAUCACAGAGAAUCAUUAGAAAAGGCAUCAUUUGAACAACUCAAAGUAGUUCCAUCAGCUGAUUAGAAAGAAAACUACGUGGUUCCAAAGAGAUAUGUGAAUAAGUAAAGAUGUGUAAAAUAAAACAAGUGAUGAAAUUCUUACAAACAUACUAUUAAUAAUUUAUGUAAUACUCGUACAUUGUGACAAAUAAUCUUGCGGAAAAUUUAUUUUUAACAUUGAUUCUGUAGUGCUUUUACUAACAUUUGUAUUUUACCACAUUGCUUUAUAAUUGUAUUUAAUUUAUACUUAUUAUUAGUGUUUAAGUUACAUUAUCUUCCAAGUCUCAGAUAUUGUUUGUCA